AUGUCUCUGUCUCUCUGCCGCUUACCUGGCCUGUCUCUGGUCGCUGUCUUGGGUCGACUGCCAUCCGCUCUCCCCGGGGCCCUUGGUCGAGCUGAAGUUUUGUGUGCGCCAGAAGGGGGUGCUGCUGGAAGGGGGGCCGGGCAGUGGUCCCUCUCUCACCCCCUGGGCGGCAAGACGCAGCCAGGGCCCAGCAGAGAAAUAAAUAGCACCAGCGCAGCCUCUCACGUUCUGGGUCCAGGGGCGCAGAUUUGGUCGAGCAGCCAGCUAGAGGCAGAGACAGAGCCAGCAGCAGCAGCAGCAGCAGCAGAAGCAGAAGAAGAGGACGCACGCAGACUCGCCACGAAGAAGAAAAGAAGAAGCAGACGCGGCCGAAGAAGCAAUGGAAGGCCGCAGAGCCAGCAGGAGAUGCUGCUGCUGCUGCUGCUGCGUCUGCGUCGUAGGAAAAAGGAGACGGCCGUAGACAGUCAAGCAGACCCAGCGAGCUCCCCCUUUGCCCCUGAGCUACAAAAAGCCGAACUCGCAACCACCAACUUCACCCUCACCCUCACCACCCUCACUAUCACCAUCGCCAUCACCAUCACCAGCGUCCUCAACCCCUCGAAAAAGGACCUCAUCCCCUUCUCUGCACCUCCAAGCACCAGCACCAACGCUCACGCUGACCAGCUCGUCUCCGUCUGUCCGUCUCUAGAUCGCCUGCCGGUGCCUGAUCUCGCUCAAUUGACUCCUCUUGCCGCAGCAGCUACUCGAAGCUCCGAGCUUAACACUAAAACGCCCGUCGUUUGUUUAUCCGGCCUCCCUCGACAUGGCUAG